UGCUGAGCCUUCAGGGGAGGAGGCGGCGGCAGUGGAGACAGCGCGAGCAGUGGGGCCAGGCAGGAAGGGGGCAGCCGGAGGCCGGACUGGGUGACUCGCCGCUGCUGGCUGCGCUGUGCUGCUGUCGCCUCCGACGGCCUCUCUCCCAUGCGCUGAGGGUGCCCGGCUGUGCCGGGCCGGCGGCCGGAGGGGAGGCUCCUCUCCAUGGUCCAGAAGACCAGCAUGUCCCGGGGCUCUUACCCACCCUCUCAAGAGAUCCCCAUGGAGGUCUUCGACCCCAGCCCGCAGGGCAAAUACAGCAAGAGAAAAGGGCGCUUCAAACGGUCCGAUGGGAGCACAUCUUCUGACACGACAUCCAAUAGCUUUGUCCGCCAGGGCUCUGCUGAGUCCUAUACCAGCCGUCCAUCGGACUCUGACGUGUCCCUGGAGGAGGAUCGGGAAGCCUUAAGGAAGGAGGCAGAGCGCCAGGCGUUAGCCCAGCUGGAGAAGGCCAAGACCAAGCCUGUGGCAUUCGCUGUGCGGACAAAUGUCGGAUACAACCCAUCUCCAGGGGAUGAGGUGCCUGUGCAGGGGGUAGCCAUCACCUUUGAGCCCAAGGACUUCCUGCACAUCAAGGAGAAGUACAACAAUGACUGGUGGAUAGGUCGGCUGGUGAAAGAGGGCUGUGAGGUUGGCUUCAUCCCCAGCCCCGUCAAACUGGACAGCCUGCGCCUGCUGCAGGAACAGAAGCUGCGCCAGAACCGCCUCAGCUCUAGCAAAUCAGGCGACAACUCCAGCUCCAGUCUGGGUGACGUGGUGACUGGCACACGCCGCCCCACACCCCCUGCCAGUGGUAACGAAAUGACUAACUUAGCCUUUGAACUAGACCCCUUAGACUUAGAGGAGGAGGAGACAGAACUUGGGGAGCAGAGCGGCUCUGCCAAAACUAGCGUCAGCAGUGUUACCACCCCGCCACCUCAUGGCAAACGCAUCCCCUUCUUUAAGAAGACAGAGCACGUGCCCCCCUAUGACGUGGUGCCUUCCAUGAGGCCCAUCAUCCUGGUGGGACCGUCACUCAAGGGCUAUGAGGUGACAGACAUGAUGCAGAAGGCUUUGUUUGACUUCCUAAAGCAUCGGUUUGAUGGCAGGAUCUCCAUUACGCGGGUGACAGCCGACAUCUCUCUGGCGAAGCGCUCUGUCCUCAACAACCCCAGCAAGCACAUCAUCAUUGAGCGCUCCAACACCCGUUCCAGCCUGGCUGAAGUGCAGAGUGAGAUCGAACGCAUCUUUGAGCUGGCACGGACCCUCCAGCUGGUGGCUCUGGAUGCAGACACCAUCAACCACCCGGCCCAGCUCUCCAAGACCUCACUGGCGCCCAUCAUUGUUUACAUCAAGAUCACCUCUCCCAAGGUCCUUCAGAGGCUCAUCAAGUCCCGAGGGAAGUCUCAGUCCAAACACCUCAAUGUCCAAAUAGCAGCCUCGGAGAAGCUGGCCCAGUGUCCACCCGAAAUGUUUGACAUCAUCCUGGAUGAGAACCAAUUGGAGGAUGCCUGCGAGCACUUGGCAGAGUAUUUGGAAGCCUAUUGGAAAGCCACACACCCGCCCAGCAGCACGCCACCCAAUCCGCUGCUGAACCGCACCAUGGCCACUGCAGCCCUGGCUGCCAGCCCUGCCCCUGUCUCCAACCUCCAGGGACCCUACCUUGCUUCCGGGGACCAGCCUCUGGAACGCGCCGCCGGGGAGCACGCCAGUGUGCACGAGUACCCGGGGGAGCUGGGCCAACCCCCAGGCCUUUACCCCAGCAGCCACCCGCCAGGCCGGGCAGGCACCCUGCGGGCACUGUCCCGCCAAGACACGUUCGAUGCCGACACUCCUGGCAGCCGAAAUUCCGCCUACACGGAGCCGGGAGACUCGUGUGUGGACAUGGAAACGGACCCCUCGGAGGGCCCAGGGCCUGGAGACCCCGCGGGGGGCUGCACCCCACCAGCGCGGCAGGGCUCCUGGGAGGAGGAGGAGGAAGACUAUGAGGAGGAGCUGACCGACAACCGGAACCGGGGCCGGAAUAAGGCCCGCUACUGCGCAGAGGGUGGGGGGCCAGUUCUGGGGCGCAACAAGAACGAGCUGGAGGGCUGGGGGCGAGGUGUCUACAUCCGCUGAGAACUGGGAGCGAAGACUCGC